UUACAAGCACUAACCAGAGAAAAUGCAUACCUUCAAAGAUCAGCCCUAUAUUCAGAAAGCCUUUUCUUUAUUCAAGGAUGAUAUAUUUGCAGUAGAAACUGUUAAGCUGCCAGUCAAAGAAAAAAUGUUGGAAGUCAACUUGUUUGAUGAUGAUGUUGACAUCUUUGCCGAUCUUGCUGUAAAAUCAAAGGAAAAGAGUACCAGAAAGAAAAUGGAAGCUAAAUCCAUAUUUGAUGAGGACACAGAUGAUAUUUUCUCACCUGUUAGUCAAUCUAAGACAUCAGUCAAAAAGACCACCUUUCAGACAGUCUCAGGAAGUAAGUGUGAACUUAGAACAGCAAGCACUUUUGAAGACCCUCUCAACGCAUUUGAAGGGCAAUAAUAAAGAGACUGCUGGACAAUUUAAAAUACACUUAUGUCACAGAAUGCUAAUUCCUUUAUUUUCUAAUCAAAUACCUGAUAUGACAAAACUGUGAAUAUUCCUGGAUUGCUUACCUGUUUUAUUCCACAUGGCAUUUAAAAAAAUAUUUGUAAAAGCUGCUUGAGCAAACAAUAACUGUCCUAAUUAGCUUGUUCUUGGUAAUCUAAUAUAUUAUAUAGAGUAUAAAUCAAAAUUACAAAAACAUUAAUAUUGAUCAAUGGUAUUUAUGAAAUCAAUAUUUUCUGAUCUGCUGCCUUGUAAGCAAACUCACUUUCUGGAAUUAACUGUGAUUAUAACUCAUGAUUAUAAGAAUCUAUAUUCUCCUUUUGGGUGUAUGCUUGGUUACAGAUAAAGAUUGUUUCAUUUUGCUGGAAGGGAUGGGAUAAGAUGGAAUGGAAUCAUUCGCUACCAUAUAUACUCGCGGAUAAACCCACCUGCAGAUAAGCUGUCCAACAUUUUACAUGGCAGUUUGGUUAAAAAUUUGAGGGUCUGCCUAUCUGUGGAUGGGCUUAUAUGCAAGUACGUAUGGGAAAUAUUAAAAAAUAUUUUAAAUAUUUUAAAAAGUAUUACCAUAUAUACUCGUGGAUAAGCCCAUCUGUGGAUGAGCUGAAUCCGAUUUUUUAAGUGCAUUUUGGCACCCAAAAUUCUUGGCUUAUCCACAAGUAUAUACGGUACUAAAACAUCUCUAGCCUGGUUUCAGUUAUUUAUCUCAUAUAUGCUCUGACUGUUCACUGUUUCUCUUCCCCUCCCCACCCCAAUUAGCAGUCCCUGGUGAACUCUCUCAACCUGAUAAUCAUGUUUUACCUUAGAUGUAUGGGAUUGCAUACAGUGACUGUCAAAAACUGGGAGUAAUCACUGAUUUUGCAUACCAUCAGAAUUCUGUUUGGGUUGAGUCUCCAUAAGUUUGGCCAGUUUACCUUAAUGUAGUAUCAUCACCAGGCAAUGAUAAAAAUGCACACAUUUUGGAGUGAAUGUCAGCAAGCAUUUAUUGGAUACUAUCUCAUGUCAAGUACCAUGUGUUAUCUCAACUAUUCAGUCUGUGAAAAAAGCAGGGUAUAUACUUCAAGUAGCCCUUUGAAGUAAAACAGUGUGGUUGCUCAUUGAACUGAAUGGCUGCAAUGACAAAGUUGUUACGCUGACUUACAUCUGAAGUAGUUGCAGGUGUAGAAAACCAACAAGCUGAGUCCAUCUCUGUACAAUCCAAAAUCCCCGCAACGUAGCAUUUAACAUUUAUUCCUUAAACUCUUCCCUUGGGAGGAAGAGCAGCAUAUAAAUAAAAUUAAUAAAUAUAAAUUAUUGCAAAGACACUCUCUGAUUCAAUCCACAUCACUGGUCAGAUCAUAAUAUAUAUUCAUUCUUCCAUAUAUUUCAUGCAACUGCAUUAGCCUCUUUCUCCCUUCUUUUCUCCCCCGAAUACAUACUAAGUUUGAACAUUUUACAUUUUUAAAAGAUACAGUAGGAAAUUCAGAAACAUAAUAUGGUGUAAUCUUAUUUUCUAACACUGAAAAAAUUGUCAUUGUUUCAUUAUAAGACAAUGAAAGCUUAAUCAGUAAAGCAGACAAAAUUGUAAAGAAAUCAUCUGAAGAGCAGUGGCUUGGAUAGAAUCUUAACAGAGUUACUGAUUACUUUGUGCAGAAUCAGUGCUGUCGAAUAGAAACACAGGUUUCUAUAGAGAACAUUUUAGAGAAAUCCCCCAAUCUUCACCGUAAACACUGCAUAUAGUAAAAGCAAAAUAUUUUUUAAAAAUAGGCAGAGGUGAAGCAAUUAGGUAUUUGAAAUUCUGACAUUUUGUUGUUUUAAAAAGAUGCACAACCAAUCACGUGCAGGUAUUUGCAUAAUGCUCAAAAAUCUGGUGUUCAGAACAAGAUACAGAGAAA